AUGGCGGUAAAUAGUCAAAUGACACAAACAAUGAACGCAGAAUUGUAUUCGUGUGACUUGGAGAAUUUCCAAGUUAAAGAGUACAUCGGCCGUCGUUCGGGUCUUCCAACUAGGUUGUACGCAGUUGAUCUGCGAAACAAGCGAUACGAGUGCAAGAUAUUUCAGACUCUUCAAUAUCCGUGUGCGCAUGUUCAUGCAGCGUCUGCUAGAGCAAACUUAAAUGUUGAACAAUUCAUAGACAAAAUCUACACGUUGCAACGCACACUCCGUAUAUGGGGGAACAAAUUUCCUGUAACGCCCGAUGUCUCAAACUGGGAAGUUCUACCGCCUGUUUUCAAGAUGGUGUCUGACCGUAGUCUCCGUAGACAUCCUAAAGGUCGACCACAAUCGACAAGAAUUCAAAAUGACAUGGAUGUCAAGGAGACGGGUGAACCCAAACUAUGCACUGUGUGUCGAACAUCCGAAUACAACCGAUCAACAUGCCCACAUCGUGUUUAUGUUUUCGGUCAAUCGUCUCGUAAUGCCAGACUCCAAGAUGACAAAUGA